AUGUUUUUUAUCAUCUGCAUUCUACAUUCAACCAUUGCAAUAACAUUAGGAUCACUAAUAAUGUUCUAUCUGAAAGAAAUCUAUGUCCUUGGUCAUGGUAUUGAAACAGCUCAAAAGCUUUCAGGAUCAACCCCACAUGACCAAUUGUUGAUCCAAAUUUCCAAUUCUUUUGCUGGUUUGCUUAUGUUUGUACUUGGUUUUUUGGUGUUCAUGGUGGCAUUUGUAAAGGACAGAGAGUUUCAAAACUUUUUUGCUAAAGGGUGUGCUCUUCUCCAUGUAGCAAUGGCUCUUUGGAGGUUUUGCUUUGAAAGACGGGUUGAGGAUUUGGCUUGGGAUUGGCCGAAGCAGGCUGUUGGAGAUUUUGUGUUGGCACUUUCAUGGGCAUCCUUUCUUGUGUAUACUUGGAGAGAAAAAUAUGAUUAG